AUGACAUCAAGCUCACAAACGCCACUUUGGGUGUCUCCGGAUGCUGGGAACUACCCGAUUGACCAAUACCGGCUCCAGGUAAAUAAGAAAUUCAAUGUUAACCUUCAGAACUCUCAUCAACUUCAACAAUGGAGCGUCAAAAGGCCGCAUGAUUUUUGGAUCGAUCUGUAUAAAUACAUUGGACUUGUCCCAGAACUUCCCCCUAAUAUCACCCGAGCAUAUGAUGAUUCUCUCCCACUCAACAGCAUCCCACCGUUCUUUGAGAAUGUGCAGCUGAAUUACACGGAGAACAUAUUGAAAGGGAAGGAUCCCAAUGCUAUAGCCCUCAUCGGGCUGAGAGAGUCUGAUCCCCUUGACGGCGAACCUGUAACAUGGGCUCAGCUCAACGAACGGAUCCGUGUGGUUCGAAGUGCUCUAUUACAACAUGGAAUCAAGCAAGGUGACAGAGUUGGUGCUAUUGUAUCGACAUCUAUCUGGAGCGUUGUGCUUCUCUUAGCCUCAGCUUCUAUCGGUGCCGUCUUCUCCUCCAUAUCACCAGAUAUGGGAAUCGAGGAUCCUUGCUUCUUAUUGCGAUGGUGGGAUAGUACUUUGGAAAAGCUCUGCGAGGUCGCCCUAGUUUCUUCCAUCUCCCUUUCUCACCAACGCCGCAUUCGCCAUUCCCUCAUUGAUGUCUUAAUUCUCUGUCGCCUCAUCAUGGCCGCUAGGAAAGCGUUUGCUCUACCAGAGCUCGUGCACCUCAUCGUCGAGCAUGCCGAGUAUUAUGAGCGCCGCCCGCUACUCACGGUCUCACGCCUUUUCCAAGUCGCUGUCGAGCAGUCUGCCUGGCGCGGCUAUACCUUCAGAACAGACAGUAGCAUCGAAGAUUUUCUAGAGAAAUAUCACAGCCAUCGCAGCCGCUACCUCCGCUCUAUAGACAUCCAUAUCGACUUUCCAACCCAGAUAUCCACUGAUGAGAACGACUUUCCGACCCAGAUAUCCACUGAUGAGAACGAACUUCCAUGCCGUGUGACAGCUAAAGACCUCCAGUCAUAUAAUGAGCUUUUUACUCGUCAAAUCUCAGCUUUGUUUACUAUGAUCAAGACCUUGGAGGAACGAGAGCUCCCGCACAAUCAACCAAGGAACAUUCACUUACGCCUCCGCGCUCCCUACCAUCAUCAUAACAAUCACAAGGAUUGCCACCACCGUAAAUAUCUUAGCUGGCGCCUCUGCCUGCUCACGCAUAAGAACCUGCCUACUCUCUCGUCGGUCAACAGUCUUAGCGUUGGUGAGCAUGGGGUUGGUAAAGGUGAUACUAGGAUUGGUGUGCCUUCCACCUCGCAGUCCUUAGAUUAUGGUGUUUUACCCGCACUCGUUUCCAAGCUCCCCAAUUUAGUUGCUUUGGAUUGUCAGUGGCUUCGGGAAGAGUGGCCAUUGGCUUAUGAAUACCCUGUUCUCACUCAUUUUAGCCGGCCAUGGGAAGGUCCGUGGCGCGAUGCAAGGCAUGCCUUUGGUAGCAUUAUGCAGAACGCAGCUACCUUACCGGCGAAGAUGGAACGUGUUAAGAUCUUAUCUGGUCUCCGAUAUGCCUUUGGCAGUCAUGAUGAAACCCUCCCCUUGCCUAACUUGAUUAGCCUACUAUCCUACGAUCCGUUUAGCUCGGGCCUUCGCAUAAUCUCACAGCGCGUGGUCGACCUGAAUAUACAUGCAUGUAUUGAUAGAAAUCUCUUCUGGCCUUUACCCAACGAAGACAAGGCCAAGUCUCCAUUUUGGCCGUACUUGAAAUAUCUCCAUGUCGAAUUUCAACCUAUGUCACCUUCUGGGACAUGGUACUUCCAAGGCCCGCGGGGGGAGGGCCGAGAUACGACCACGUUCGAGGUUACCGAAGCUCACUACCCCCCAGUCAAAGAAAACCCCGAGGAUGAGCAUUGGGACGAGGUUUGGGACGAGGAAGGUGGUCACUGGGAGGACUUUGGUUCCAAUAUGUUCCGAAUCGUGCCUGUAGAUGAGGUUAUAGAGCCAUUCUUGGAAACAUUUGUCAAGGCGUUAGGGAGAAUGCCAUUGUUGGAGAAGGCUGAGCUAUUUACGUGUAUGCGCUUUUGUCCUGGUGAAGAUAUCGAGAAAAACUAUCCAGAAAGUGACUACGGCAAGGAGUAUAUGUGGGGACUAAGGUAUCUUCUUCCGAAAGAUGGCAGCCACCCCUUUCUUGAGUGGCAUGUCGUGCAGAGAUCUAUGCCAUAUCCGAAGGACCCCAACGCCGAAAUCGAGGAUACUCUAUGCGUUAGACGACGCCGAAAGGACGACAAAGACGAAGAGGUCUUCCUUUUCAUCAAGAUGAGGAACCAGAAGGAAAAAACCUUGACACCCGAGCUUCAACAACGGCUGAGGCUGGCUAUACGAACUAGCUUAUCGCCGCGUCAUGUUCCCAGGUUUAUCCUUCAAGUGCCUGAAAUACCGGUGACCAUCAAUGGUAAGAAGGUUGAAAUUGCUGUUAAGAAGAUCAUCAGCGGGAAUAAGUGCAAGUCAGCGCUACAGUGGUGA